CUUGAUGCUAUCGAAGCUUCACUCUCUGAGAUGAAAGAAUUACUGAAAUCCCACCUUCUCGGCAAUGACCGGUCAAUGACAAGAGAUCCUGCCAAUGAAAUGCGCGGAACGAGCAGUAAUUUAAACCCGAGAAAAGAUAUCAACGAUAGCAAAGCCACUAUGCACGUGCCCUCAGAGGUAGACAUAUCGGCAACCACCGACAUCCAACCAGCACCAAUCACAGUGGUCCGCCACGUUGGAAGUCUAAUCACCGAGCCCGUAACAACGGGGGAAAACGACUCGCUCCGGGGGAAUAUGACCGAGAUGGGCUUGGACUCAGACAGCUUCGCCAGUGUUUUCCAGCACGGUUUCGAGCAGAUAGCAUCAUGGUAUCCAUUUCCGCAUGAGACCCUGAAGGAUCUCAAGCAGAACCAUCCUCUGCUCUUUGCCAUGUGUCUUCUAGCAGGUAUCCGAGCAACAGCCGGUCUGAAUCGCACCAACUUGCACAUAACCCUUCAUACAUUGGUCAAGACCCACUUGGGCAGGAAGACUCUAGAUACGCCCAUUGAUAUCUCUACCAUACACGGCAUGCUUAUCUUUAGUGCCUGGAGCUUUGGGCCUCUCGUGCCAGGUGGUAGGUAUAUUGAUAGCUGGCUGAUGAGCAGCACAACCAUCACCCACUGCAUGCUUAGCUUUCCUCUAUCCGAGCUUGUGUCGCUUGUGGGCUUGUACGAUGAAACGAAUCGGAACAUGUGCAGGAUGUGGAUUCAGGCGUCGCUGGUGCAUCUGAAAUUUGCAAUUGGCACCGGUCGGCCAUCAGUGGUUCCAUGCGAGCGUCUUCAUCCGUGGACGGAGAUUGUCAAAUACCCCGGGUUUGAAACAUUCGACCACAUCAUUGCAGCAGAGCUCAAGCUCUACAUUCACCUGUAUGAAGCCAUCUAUCAAACCGUCAGUUCAGUGUCAGAGGCCUGGGAGAUGGUCAACAGAUGGGGACGCAAGUACCUUGGAGAAGGCAACAGUACACUAAGAUGGGCGCACUCCUGCGCAUCCCUCAUUUUAUCUCGAUGGGAACUGGCAAAGCAUAAUCAGUCCACCUCUCCCAACUCGCUGAUGCGCAAUGAGCGUAGCAACGAGCUGACCGAAAGGGUCAUUCGUCAUGCUCAGCUGGUACUGAGAGAGAUCUUUGUCCUUUGUACCUCCGAUACUGCGUUUGUUAGACCAACAUACGACUACCUGCUUACCGCAUAUGCGGGCGUCACUCUAGCAGAGUACUGCGCAUGUAUAUCGGAUGUGCACGCAACAUAUACGUUGAUGGAAGAUGUUCGGACGCAGGCUAGGAUUCCCAAGAGCAUUGAGGGAGUAUUUAAUUGGGCAACAAAUGUUGUGCAGAAGAAGGUAAAGGACCUUUUGGAUUCGAAAGUGGCAGCAGUAGUUCCCGAUGAUACCUUUUAUUCAUAUCCAGGCUCGGUCGCAGACUGGGCGCCGUUUCGGUUUAUUGACUCGAUGCCCGCUUCUGAUUGGGACGGGAUGAAUGGCUCUAUGCAACAAUUCUGA